GACAGUCGGGGUGCCAUGCGGUCUGCGGUGCCUGAAUGCCUAUUGGCACGGCCCGUGACGGGCGUGACGGUGACGCGCGGCGUGACGGUAUUGGCACGCCCGUCACGGGUGUCGCCGUCGCGGCCGCGCGGGGGGAUGACGGCGCUCCUCGUCCUCGCCGCCGCCACCUGCCUCCAGGCCGUAUCAGGCGCCGUCAUGGAGUCACACAACCCGUACUGGGAGCAGGCCUUCUCGCAGCCCUACUUCGACAACACGACCAGGAGGGACGUGACGACCACCGUGGGCCAGAGCGCCUACCUGCACUGCCGAGUGCGGAACCUGGGCGAUAGAGCGGUGUCAUGGAUCCGCAAGCGAGACCUGCACAUCCUGACGGUGGGGCUGCAGACGUACACCAACGACCAGCGAUUCCAGUCGCUCCACUCGGACGGCUCGGACGAGUGGACACUCAAGAUCGGCUCACCGCAGCUGCGCGACUCGGGCACUUACGAGUGCCAGGUGUCAACGGAGCCCAAGAUCUCGCUGUCCUUCCACAUGAGUGUUGUGGUGUCCAAGGCGGCCAUUCUGGGCAACCCGGAGCUGUUCCUGAAGAGCGGCUCCGACAUCAACCUAACGUGCCAGGUGGUGGCCACGCCGGACCCGCCCUCCUUCAUCUACUGGUACCGCGGGCCAAACGUGGUGAACUACUCGCAGCGCGGCGGCAUCUCGGUGGUCACGGACAAGCAGACGCGCACCUCCACGCUGCUCAUCGCGCGCGCGCAGCCCGAGGACUCGGGCAACUACACGUGCUCACCGUCGUCCUCAGACCCCGCCAGCGUGCUGGUGCACGUGCUGAACGGCGAGCACCCCGCGGCCAUGCAGCACGGCAACAGCAGCAGUGGAGCGACGCCCCCCGCGGCUACGGAGGCUCUGAUCCUGGUCGUGUGCCACCUGGUGUGGACUCUGGCCCACGGCCGCGCCCACGGCCGCGCGCAGGACGUCGUCCACCGGUGAUGAACAUGCCGGCAGGCCGGGAGGGCCGCGGGCCUGUGAGUCGACGGCGUGGACCCGGUCAGCCGCCCUCCAACCCGCCGGGACGUGGACUCAGUGCGCGCCGUCCCGGACGUGGACCCGGACGGCAGUGUCUGUUUGAGUGGACUUGUGUCGACAGCGCUGAGUCUAUGAAGCUGAACACUGUGGCACUUCCUUAUCUAAAAUGAUUUCUGUGAUCCUCGAUUAAUGUUGUAGGUGUGUAUGAGUGUGUAAGAGAGAAGAGAGCUUGUUUGUGAGUGAGGGUGUGAGUGCGCGAGCGUGUAGAAAAAAAUGAACUGUGUUUUCCCUCGACGAUUCGAUGGAGAGUACUGUUAUUUUGGGAAGGUAUAAGAAUGUGAUAGUUGUUAAAUUACUUGUACAUUUUAGUCAAAUGCUCCUAAUUAUGAGUUUGCGGUGCAACAAUUGUAAUUUAAGGCGCGGAAACGAAAUUCCUUGUGUAUUGAUUUUAAACUUCACAUACGAUUCAAAGUUUUAGACAUAAAGAAUGGCAAUAUAAGCACGCGUCAUCGCGCGCUCGGUGCAGUAUGUUCCAGGUGAGAUGUCUGACAGUGUUACCGUGUUGCAAUAUCUUUGGUUUUGGAAAACCGUCUGCGGUAUUGUUCUUCAUAGUCAAUGUGAGUUGCCUAAAUUUGUCACCCUUUGAGUUGUUUAGUGGUUUCCUUAUAAUUUAUGAUCGACCCAGCGCAUAUCUGUUUCUGUUCUCCCAUAAAAAUGCUGACAGUUUGUCCAUUUUUAAACUAUCUAUCAGGCCGACUCAAAAGAAAUCGGUGACUGUCACCUAGUUGAUUCGGAUACACGACAAAUCUACGAUUGACAUUGUGUGCCCAAGAUAUUACAAUGGAAAUUGUUUUAUGGCUGUUCCUUUUGUUAACUAUGUAGCUGUGUGUUGAGGAAACAGAAACUCGGCCCUCAAAUUUAGCACCAUGUUCAAACACAAAACGAGUCAACGUUUGAGCUGUUCAUCUCCCGAGAUUCAACAAAAAAAACGAUGGCUGGGCACUGUGCAUCAUUCCCAUUGCCUAAUUUAUGUAGACCGAAUAGCCACUGUGUAAUAAUUGUCUCUUUAAGGCGGGUGUAUUUGUAACUGCACUCUCUGUCAAUAUUGUAAAUAAACAGAAAAAUAUUUAUAUUAUUGUGUAGAGAGGAAUGAAUGGGAACAUGGAAUGCUUCGUAUCAACCUAGCCUGCCAGUCCUCACACCUCCAAUGAGGUGGUCUGCGGAGACAGUUGUGCUGAUAAAUUACUUGAGUUAUGUACAAAAAUUGCAAUGUGUUUUGUAACCACUGUAAAUAAAACGCCUACCCGCUAA